AUGGCCAACAGCAACAUGAACAAAAGCCCCGAGGACUUGAAGCGUCUCGAAAGGCUCAAGGCUCUGCAAAUGGCCGACCUAGGCACAUUCCGUCGUGAGGUGAUCACAACCCACGAUAUUACUCGCAACCGGGGCCCCCCGCGGGGCCAGAGUGGUGUCGACAGAGAGUGCGACAAGCCAGGCACAUUUACCUACCAAUUGGCUCAGGCCAACAAGAACAACCUGAGCGCUUGGUCGAACUAUCACACAACCGUCACAGACACCGAUAGUAUGGAGGAGUUGGACGACAUCAAUGAUGGGCAGUCCCACCGCCGUGCUCUGCAUGACCAUUUUGCUGGCCGCCGUCGCCCUAUGCCCCAGCUGUCGGACUUGCAUUCCAACAGCCCCCGACCCAUCAAGAACCACCCUGCCUCCGCGAUCUCUCUGGGCCGUGGUGGUGGCCGUGCUGGAACAAAUCGCCGUGGUUCUUAUGAUCCCUCUCCUCUAAAGUCUCGCACAUCUCAAUAUGGAGGCAUUGUCAAGACUAACAACAACCACCGGUCUGUUUCAAUGACUGUGGGAUCGCGACUGGAUCCUGCCUUGAGUAUCAACAACAAUGACAUUGAACCACACGCCCACGGUCGUGGAUGUGGCCAGAGCCGCGGUGUUGAUCGAGGACGUGUGAGGGCAAUACCCCGUCAAUGUCCCAUGCCUCGUCGGUCCUCCCGUCCGCAGCGACCAAUUCCGGAUAUGUCGAGCGCACUUUCAGACUCCAAGUCCUUCCUGUCAAUAAUGGAAGCUCGCACCGUUGCCAUGCCAAAGCUUCCCGCUGCCAUGACUCUCUCCACUCCUGUGGAGACAACAUCCCACGAGCAACCACUGCCAUUCGUUAUGUCCUCCCUGUCAACAACCAAAGCUCGCAGGGUGACCAUGCCAGAGCCACCAACUUCCUUUCCUGUGCCCCCUCACAUGAAGGCGCAUUACAAAGAUCAGCCAUUGGCCGAGCGGAUGACCCCUAAAACCCCAACGCUGUCCCGGACCGUCCCUCGCCCUCAGACUGCUGCAGUUUCGAAAUCAAAGGAUCCUGUUCAAACUUCCAAGAAUACCGCAAAGUCCCCCAUUGGCGAGACUGGCACUUCUACCCAUGUUGAAGAUCUUAAAUGGAAGAUUACCGCGGAUGAAUACCCACGAAAGAAGGGCGCUCUGUCGCUUGUGUCCGCUGCGGUCAAGAAAGCACCCUCUGCUACCCGGCCUCCUCAGAUCACAAAGGAUGUGCAGAAAUUACCUUCUGGCGAAGCACAGGCUGCCAAGCAUCGAGCUUCAGGUCAAGACCUUCAUGAGGGUCCUGUCAUGACCAAGACAUCUACCCAGACAGAUUCCGUUCCUUCUUACACCCCAGACAACGAUCUUAUCAACUUGGAAUGGACAACACCCCCUGGACAAGCUUCCUUUACCAGCCCCAAUGCUGCUGUUCUUCAAGGACUAGAUAUGGUCGCACUUGUACUCUCCGCCCCAUCAGUAUCUUCCAUUGAUGUCUCUGCCGAUGCAGAAAGCCAACGGAGUGAACUGGGUUUCCAUGAUUUGAUCUCCACUCGUGGAAAGUCUGAGCAAGAAUUUAUUGACAUCGUGAGCAAAGCUGUGAACAAAAGUGUGCGCUCCGCCAUUAAUGACUACACAAAAGACCACAACGUUCCCUACUUGCCCACAUCUUCUCACUCGGAGGCUCCAACCAUUGCUCAAGAUCUGGGGACCGAUAGCUCCCAAAAGCUUCUGACGGGUAUCUCUACUCCAACUCGCGACAUGUCCCACUUGGAGAUGUGGUUGUCCAAGGCUAACGAUGCAGCUGAAGGUUCGAGCUUCGAGAAACAUCGUUCGCCUCAUGGCUCCUCGCCUGGGUCUGUGGAUCAGAAGCAAUCGACUCGGAUUCCCGUCCCAGGACUAUCGCCCCACAAGAGCGAAUACUCAGAGAUGGAUGUCCAGCCUAUCGCUUUUACCAAGCUUGUCGAAAUGAUGAGGCCUCGCGAGUUUACCAAUUCCUUCGAACAGAACAUGCCUCGCGAGUCUGCCAAGAUUGAGCUCACCAGACGCCUGGACCCUUUCAACCCCAUUGAAUCUACUAAGCGUGUCGAAGUCCUUAAGUCUCUUCAGACGCCUGCUCCUGUCACUUCUCGCUCCUCCGGUGUUUCUACCAAGCUCACAGGGCUUCUCAGUUCCAGAUACGCCUCUGAGCCACCUGUCACUCUGGCUAAGCCGGCCAAAAAGAAGCCCUUUUUCGCAGCGGCCAAGUCAAUUCCCCAUGAUAUUACCAGCAAAGUCGCAUCGCGUACUCAACGUGCGCCUUCUCGCCCCCCAGGUCUCGGUGCGCCAUUCCGACCUCCCGGUCUGCCUUUGCAAUCCGAAGCCAUGGCAUCACGCCCCCGUCCUUCUGCCAGAGUGCCGAGUGAAAGCACUUCUAACGUUACCCAGCCUGUGAUAUCAACUGGAGUACGCACAAUCGGGCCUGUCCCAUCUGUGUUUGAGCCCACCACAUUUCGAAAUGGCCAUGGAGCUACAACUCCUCCAAUUUCUUCCCAGCAGCCAGUUGCCCGAAUGCCUCUCCGGGCAGAGAACUGGUCUGCAAACAUUACCCCUGGGAGCUCCAACUCAAACGCUUUGAACCGCCUGAGCAACCUGACCUUCUCGCGUGAGCAGCUUUUGUCUCCCGCGGCUCCUCGCAUCAUUGGCCCCGGUCCCGGUCCCAUGUUGCCUGGAUUUUCCCCCACACCAGUGGCCAAGUCUGCCGACAAAGCGGUGCGCAAGGUGUCUACUUUGGGCCCUGCUCCGUUCACCCCUCGGAAGUGA